CAUUUUUCAGUUAGUUGUAAGGAGGUAGCGGGUAGAUUGCUCCCCGCAAAGAGUAACUUGGGACACUCGGUUUUUCUAUCGUUUUUAAGGAAGAAAGUUUCAUAGUUCACACAGUGAGAUGAAGCAAAUUUACAUGUUACUCUGCCUUCUGGCAGUCAUUGUUCGAAAUAAUGGUGCCGCUCCUGCCUCCGAAACCACUGAUUCUAAUAGACAAGCUGUAGACUACAGAUUACCAGACACAAUUCAGCCAUCAUACUAUAGGCUCUACCUAACACCAUAUCUACUAGAAUCUGACGGAGUUAAACGGUUUACAUUCCAAGGAACUGUUGAAAUAACACUCAGAGCUUAUGAAGCAAAUUUGAAAUCAAUCAUUCUCCAUGCGAAGUAUAUAACAUUUUCUGGGACAACACUGGUCGAAAAAACCACUGGCAACGCGAUUACGAUUGCAAAUCAAACGCAGCCUGAUUCUAUAACAGACAAAUUUAGUGUCAAUUUAGCGUCCGCAUUGAGAACCGACAUAGAUUAUGUGUUGGCAUUCAAUUAUACGGGUCAAAUGCGUGACGAUAUGAGGGGUUUCUACAGGAGCAAGUACGUCAAUGCCAAAGGAGAAGAAGUCUACAUCGGCUCAACUCAUUUUGAAACGAUCACGGCCCGCCGUGCCUUCCCUUGUUUCGAUGAACCAAAAUUCAAAGCGAAGUUUAAACUCGACAUCACAUAUCCCAGUCAGUUCAACGUUGUCAGUAACACUCUACCUGAAAGCACAGUUAACAUCAAAACUAUCAACACCACAAUUACCAUUUUCAAAGAGACUCCGAUAAUGUCGACUUACUUGCUGGCCUUCAUCGUCUCUGACUUCAGAGCUCGAGGUGACAAGGACUUCAUUGUAACCGCUCGUCCCGAAGCGUACAAUCAAACCGAAUAUGCCUACAAUGUUGGACCACCGCUACUUAAAAAUUUAGAGACAUUUACCAACUACCCAUACAGCACUCAUGGCCUCGGGAAAAUGCACUUGGCGGGAAUCCCAGAUUUUUCCGCAGGAGCAAUGGAAAACUGGGGCCUGCUCACGUACAGGGAAACAAGUUUGCUUUAUGAUACAUCGGCGUCGACAUUGCUUAAUCAACAACGGGUGGCGACCGUGAUUGCUCAUGAAUUGGCGCAUCAAUGGUUUGGUGAUUUGGUAACGUGCGAUUGGUGGGGAUAUACUUGGUUGAAUGAAGCUUUCGGAAGAUACUUCCAAUAUUUUACGACGAACGAGGUGGAACCAACCUGGGAGUUGGAUAAGCAAUUCGUAGUCGACCAACUGCAAACAGUCAUGAAUAUGGACUCUUUAUCAGGGACGACACCAAUGAGUGAUCCAACUGCUGCUACUCCCGAGGAUCUUUCUCGUAUGUUCAAUAGCAUUUCCUAUAACAAAGCUGCUACGAUUAUGCGAAUGACGAAACAUAUGAUGACUGAACCAAAGUUCAGGGCUGGUCUACAAAAGUAUCUGAAAAAUAACGAAUUCAAAACAGCUGUCCCACAAGAUCUGUUCAAUGCUUUUGACGAGAAUUAUUCAGGAUUGGGAAAUAUUUCAUCGAUAUUGAAGGACUGGACAGAGCAGGUUGGAUAUCCUGUAAUUACUAUAAAGCUGGCGAACAAUGGAAAAGCAUUCAAUGUUUCGCAAAAACGCUUCUUAUUACGAAGUGAUGCUGGUGAUGCGUCGCUCCUAUAUCAGAUCCCAUUGACCUAUACAACUGAUGUUGAAAGCAAUUUUGAGAACACAAACACGAAGGCACUCCUCCCCAAAUCCACAUCUGAGGUCACCAUUGAUUUGGGGAACCAGAGUGCCAAAUGGAUUAUUGCUAACAUUCAAGAGGUCGGCUACUACCGAGUCAACUACGAUGACACCAUCUGGGACAACAUCCGUAAAGCUCUUGUAUCAGCAAAUCAUGGAAAAAUUCAUGAGUUGAAUAGGGCCCAGAUUGUUGAUGAUGUAUUUAAUCUAGGACGAGCAGGUCUCCUGAAAUAUGAGCGGGUUAUCCAGAUUCUCGAAUAUCUUAAAUCCGAGACAAAUUAUCUUCCAUGGUAUGCUGCAUUCCAAGGUUACAGCUAUUUGGCAGUACGUCUAGGAGUACCGAAUGAGAAAUAUUUCAAGCCUUACAUCCUCGGUCUUUUGGAUAACGCCUAUAAGAGCGUUGGUUUCACUUACAAUCAAACUGAAAAGCGUCUGGUAACCUACAAUCGUGCCAACGUCCUUUCCUGGGCUUGUAAAUAUGGACACACGAAUUGCGUGAAACAGUCGAAAGAUAUCUAUAAGAGUUUCAUGGACGAAUCAAAACCUGUAGAGGUUAAUAUCCGUGCGGCUGUCUAUUGCACUGCAAUUCGCGAAGGUGGUGAACAAGAAUUCAACUUCCUCUGGAAUAAGUACAGAGGGGAGAAUGUGCAAGCUGAACAAGUCACCAUAUUAACUGCUUUGGGUUGUAGCAGUAAUAAAACUCAAUUGCAUAAGUAUCUGGACUUGAUAUUAUCAGAUGCAGUACGUCUACAGGAUCGGCAAACAGCCUUCUCGGGAACCUAUACCAGUUCUGCUGAAAAUGUAAACAUGGUUUGGGAGUACGUCCAGGACAAUUAUAAAAAAAUUCAAUCCUCUUUCGACUCCUGGUCUACCUUGGCAUCAAUCAUAAGUGGCAUCGCAUCUCGAUUUACCACCGAAGAACAGCGGAAAUCUCUUCAGACAUUCGUAGAUAAUCAUAAAACUGAAUUCGGGUCAUCCGCUUCGACACUAACGAGUGCUCUGGAUAACGUUGCAUUCAACAUUAAAUGGGCAACAGAAUCAAUGAAGCCGUUCGUGGACCAUCUGAAAUCUGUAGGGGACAGUGCAACGACUAUUCCCAUCAGUACAGUUCUAGUGCUAGUGACAUCAUAUUUCGUGGCCUUCUUAUUUAAUUAGAAAUAUUUAAAGUGAAUACUUCUUUGUAUGUAUUUUGCAAGAUUUUAGAAUGAAACUUUCUACAUGCGUAAGUUAUUUUUAUGAAAUAUACUCAUGUAUAUAUUUGA